GAGGAAAUACAACAGAAACUGGAGAGAUCAUGUGGAUGUAACUGGGAAUUUCUUUGCCAUUGUCAGACAACUAGAGAGUUAUUUAAGGCUGCUAUAUUCAGUUUUGUUAUUGAGAAUGUCUGACAAGACUGUAUAGCACACAGCAAGGAGCACACGUUUAUAAGGAACCAGCUGAUUAUUAUUUUUUUUUACCAGCUGUGACUAUUUUUGUUAAUUAAUCUACAGCAAUGCUAAAUCCAGAGACAAGGAGAACGGCAAGAACAUCUGGCCAACUUAAAAACCGAGUAGAGGGACUUAAAAAUCCCUGGAGACAAAGCUCACCCCUGCUUCUGAAUUAUAAUGAAACUUCACGUCUUGCUCUGGAUGCUUUACUGGAGAAGGGGGAGAAAGGGUAUAUUGAAGUGCUAGACGAAGAAAAGGAACUGCAGUUUUUAUCAAGUUUAGAUAUUGGCUUUAUAUGUAAUAGUGCAGAUGUGAACAGAGACAAUGAUGACAGCUUUGGCCCCCACUCACCAUCUAGUGAUCGCUGCCUUUCUGAAAUCACAUCAGGGACAUAUUUUCCACUAAUGUCAGAUAUUGAUAUACCAGAACUGGAGCUUGGGUGGCCUGAAAUUCCGCUAGCCACAAAGACUGGGAAAACAGAAGUGCAGAUUAUUUUUCAAAGACAUCGAUCUAAUGAGAUCAAGGAUCUGAUUAGAUCCCUUAUAAACAAGGCAAGAAUGGUUAUUGCUGUGGUAAUGGAUCUUUUCACAGAUGUAGAUAUAUUGUGUGACCUUGUAGAAGCAGCCAGCAAAAGAAAAGUCCCUGUUUAUAUUUUACUUGAUGAAAAAAACCUUACAUAUUUCAUUGAAAUGUUUGAAAAACUGAGCUUCAAUAAAAUUUACUUUCCGAACAUGAAAAUCCGUACAGUAACGGGGGAUACUUACUGUACUAAAUCAGGAAAGAAAUUUUCUGGUCAGUUUCUGGAGAAGUUUAUAAUGAUCGACAGUGAACAUGUUGUGACAGGUGCCUACAGCUUUAGUUGGCUUUCAAGUCAUGUCCACAGAAACCUCGCAACAUACUUGAAAGGAAAUAUAGUUGAAGAAUUUGACAGGGAAUUCAGAUGUUUAUAUGCUGAGUCACUUGUUGCAGACUAUUUCAGUAACAUAGAAAAUGAAAGCAAUAUGCAGUCUGGAAUCUCACGGAACAGAUGGGCUGUUAAAAAAACUCCACCAAGGCCUCCACCAAUUCCCGAGCGUCCGUUUCCUUCUGACACCAACUCGAGCUCUGGCAGCCAGUCAAGUGUCAAGACACCUACCUUUCAUUUGAAUGAGGCAAUCACUGUGAUCCAUGAAAACCAAGCAAAAACGUCUAAGUUUAUCAGUAACAGAGUAAAUGAAGAGUUUAAUAAACCAAACGUAGACAUCUUCAAUGGGCAGCGGAGACAAUCAGAUCCCUGCACAAUACAAAGUAAAUUGGAAUUUUUUCUCAAACCUGUUAACAAUGACAAGAACAUUAUUCAAACCUCCCCACAACUUACAACCAAAUUCAGCUACUUACAGAGCAAACCACUACAGCCGAAAAUAAACUCUGAUGCUGUUACAAAUAAAGUUAUUAAAGGACCAGAAGAUAAGAAGGAUACAGCAACAGAGGACACACAGGGAAAUGAUAAAAAACAAGAUAAACGAAGAACAUUAGGGCAUAGUAACCUCGAUCUCAUCACAAAAGCUCACAACAUGCCAGUGAUCAACAAACUUCUGCCAUCAAAGCCAUCUGCUGAUUCAGAGGUUAAGAAAGAACUUGCAAAAGAGAACGACACUACAAACAAAAUUAACAGGCAGACUUUGGGCCAUAGCAAACUCGACCUCAUCUUACAAGCUCAGAACCUGCCAGGGAACAAAGCUUUAGCUACUGAAUGUGCCAGCUCAGAAGCCAAGGCUCACAAACCACCAGAGAGUAAUUUUGAGGAGAGUAGAAGGAUGACACUUGGACAUAGUAGAUUGGACCUCAUUACGCAAAGCAAUAAAGACAGAAAGGUCUAUAGUAGAUUCAGGCCAUGAUCAUGUAUAUUAUAAACUAUCUUGUUAUUGAUCCUACCAUACAAUCCUAUUUUAAUAGAUAGUGUGUGCAUUUUCUGUACUUGGGAACUAAUUCUCUUGUAAGAAACCUGACAUUUUAUACAAAUCUAUUAACAUAAUUUAAUUAAAUAAUUUCUAUUAAAGAGAGA